AUGGAUGUAAGAAAAAUAUUAAUAUUAUAUGGCAGUCAAACAGGAACCGCACAAGAUAUUGCCGAAAGAAUAUGGAGAGAAUCCAAACAAGUUAAUUUACGCAGUGUUGUUAAAUCUAUGGACGAUUAUCCGGUGGAAAAUUUAAUUUAUGAAUCAAUAGUUGUUUUCGUUUGCUCAACAACUGGUCAGGGUGAAGAACCAGAUAAUAUGAAAAAAUUUUGGAAAUUUUUACUACGUAAAUGUUUGCCGAGUAAUUCUCUUUCAAAUAUGAAAUAUGCAGUGUUAGGUUUGGGCGAUUCAUCAUAUGUCAAAUUUAAUUUUGUCGCUAAAAGGCUUAGUCGAAGACUUUGCAACUUGGGGGGUUCACCUUUAAUUGAGACAGGACUUGCAGAUGAUCAACAUGAUUUGGGUCCCGAUGCUGUGGUUGAUCCAUGGUUAGAAAAAUUUUGGUUAACAGUAGGAAAAUUAUAUAAUAUACCAGUAGAAAAUAUCAAAUUGCAAAGUGCUCCAUCUGCAAGAUGGAACGUUGAAAAAUUACAACCAAAAAUUUUGGAAAAUGAUUACAAUAGUGAAAAAUUCACCAAAGGUACAUAUUCUCAAAGAAACCCAUGCAUGCUGAAAUUAACUUCGAACGAAAGAACGACUCACGAAAAUCAUUUUCAAGAUGUCAGACUAUUAAAAUUUGACAAACCCAAUGAUUUGAAUUAUCAACCGGGUGAUGUUUUGAUGUUGGUACCUCAAAACAGUCAAGAGAAAACGGACAUGCUAUUUAAAAUAUUAAAUGAAAAUCGUGGGGAUGAUCAAAAGUUUCACGGUUGCGAUUUAGUACAGAUAAUGGCUAAAGAUGCAGACAUGCCAGUACCUGAACCGUUAAGGCAUCCCAUUCGAUUGUCUGAAUGUGCUAAGAAAUAUUGGGAUUUAAACGCUGUACCGAGGCGAUACGUUUUCCUCCUUUUAAGUUAUUUAACGACAAACGAAUUGGAACGAGAAAAACUCAAAGAAUUUUCCGAAGCCAAAGGUCAAGAAGAUUUAUAUAAUUAUUGCAAUAGGCCUAAGAGAAACAUAUUAGAAGUAUUGGCGGAUUUCCCGUACGCGACAAAAAAUAUAACGUUAGAAUUUUUAUUUGAAAUAUUACAACCUAUUAGACCUCGUGCAUUCAGCAUAGCGAGUUCUCCAUCGAUGCAUCGAAACAGUCUACACGUAUUGUUAGCAGUUGUCGAAUAUAAAACGAAAUUAAUCGAUAAAAGAAUUGGAUUAUGUUCGACGUAUUUGGCUAAUUUAAAUGUCGAUUCAAAAGUUUACGGUUGGAUUCGUAAAGGCUCAUUUAAAUUUCCCUCUUGGGAGGAAACUCCUGUCAUUAUGAUCGGACCUGGAACCGGAGUGGCGCCUUUUCGAAGUUACGUGAACGAAUUAGUAGCACGUGGAAAAGCUUCGUCGGAAAAUUUGCUUCUUUUUUUCGGUUGCCGUUACGAGAAAUAUGAUUUUCAUUGCAAAGACGAAUGGGAUCAUCUUAGAAAUAAAAAUUAUUUAAAUAUGUUUUGUGCGUUUUCGAGAGAUCAACAAAAUAAAAUAUACGUACAACACUUGAUAGUAAAUCAGGGUCAAAUAGUUUGGAAAAUGUUAAAAAAUCAAAAAUGUUUUAUUUUCGUAGCUGGAAGUUCUAAAAACAUGCCGCAAAGCGUUAGAGAAUCAUUUGUUAAAGUCGUUCAAACCUAUGGAAAAUUAACGGAAAACGAAUCGGAAAAUUUUAUAUCGAACAUGGAGAAAAGUGGAAAAUAUCAAACGGAAACGUGGUCUUAG